AUGUCGGCGACGGCAGCGGGGACGCAAAGCGCCGCAACAACGACGCCACAUGUAGCGCACAUUCAGCUGCUCACGCGCAGAGUUCAACACGACGACGCGUGCCUCAACUGGAUCAAGUCGCGCUACACAACCGCUGGAGCAGUGGCGGUAAAACAUAACAUGGAGGAGGAAACGGAUGUUUUUCUGGUGCAGCUGGAGAAUGACUUGGCUGCCUGCGCCACGCACCGCUGGGCGCCGUACUCGUAUCACUCGCCAGUCUACGACGCCGCGUCGCCGCAGUACGCGAGCGGCAGAAGCAACUCCACAGAGGCGUGCAUUGAGAACCUUCCGGCGGAGGGAGCGGCGACGGCGUUUAAUGUUACGCUUCGGAACGCGCCAAGUAUGGCCGCUGAGCCGUCGCCGGACGACGUCAUGCAGUCAGAGCCGUCGCGCCAUAUCUUCACCCAGGCGGUGCGCAAAAGGGAGCAGAAGCGCAUCGCGGAGAUAAUAGAGACGGAUGCCGGCACUGGCGGCUCCAGUGCGUCGAGGCGCCCAUUCUUCGGUGGCUACUUCUCGUCACCGCUUGCCGGUGGUGCCACGCGGUUCCUGUUGUUCCCGCAGUGGAUGCACGACACCGCGGCGGGAGAUAAGCGCCCGCAGGAACUGCUGUACUUCCUGCGCGGCACUAUCAGCAGAAGGUCGGUACGCCCACGCAACAGUGACGGUGCUCCGCAAGAGGAUUCCGGUCUGAUGCGCCAGCUUCUGCAGGAGAUCAUCCUCAACGUGUCUCUGUCGCGUAAGUUCAAAACAGAAGCCCCACGGUGGAAACUCUUUAAUUGCGUGGACGCCAUUCGUACGGACCUGUACGCCAACAACGAGAGCACGGAGCGAUACUUCAGCCCAAGCAAUGAGACAGACGCCACGACGGGCAUUGCUAACGAUAAAGAUGGGGAACUCACCGCCGUAAAGUUCCGUGAUGCCGGGGCGCGUACUUCAUUUUCGUACCGGGACCCACGCAAGUCCUUCACGCUGAACAGUGCAUUCCGCGUGACACGCAACUUUUCGUAUUCGAAAGAGGCACAGGAACGCGCCGUCGCUUCUUUCGCAGUUAUGGAUGAGUACGACAGCGCUGUGCAGCGCUUCACCUCGCCGAUGGUGCACCGCCGCUUUCCUGACGCGCGGUACCACCUGCAGUGGGCAGCGGGUCCCGGCGUGGAGUACGCCACAGGCACGGUGCCGUGGACAGUGUUCGGCAAACUUGUGACGGAGUGGUGGGCCGAGUUUCCCCUCACACGCCGACUGUCGUUUCGCCUGCGCAAUCAAUCAGCAUUGGUGCAGCCGCUGUGCUGGCAGCAUCUCGCUGCGGCGCCUCAGAGGGCAGCAAUUAGUGGAGACAUUGACGAUGGGGCUGCGAGUGAGGGUGCUACUGUGACUAGUAGUGGGACUUCGUCCUGUGCUGCGACCCACGAACUCUUCUGGGCGACGCAAGGGCCGCGGUGGGACUCGCGCCUUGUGCGUGGCUUCGAAGACGACUACAAGUCGAUGCAUUAUGCGUCACACUGGUACACGCUUUUCUCAGCAGAGCUCUUGUCACACAAACAGCGGGGUAACGACCGCACGCCUAGCAAGUGGCGCCCNCCCCGUGGAAUGCUUUAUCUGAACGCGUGCUUCAUUGACUCCUUCACACGGCCACCACGCGCGUCCGUCGGUUUCUCAUUCACUGGCGCCCCGCGUCUGACGAGUGACGCCUUCAACGUCAUUACACCGUCCUCGUUUGAGUGCAGCUUCAACUGGUGGCUCAACUUUCAGAAGGAGCGUGUUUCGCUAGAGUCGGGGCUCUCAGCGGGGAGGCGCGCCGAGGACUCCAUUCUGCGGCUAUCCCCAGUCGAAACGUUCCGCCACCUACGCUGCGGGUUGACGUGGAACCUGUGA